AUGGAGAAACAAAGCUUAGCCGCCAAGUCCAUGCCGCUUGGUCAGCUUAUGCCGUCCUCGGUAUCUGCCGCUGCCAACGAAGCGUCGAACAAGGAGCGCUCCCGAGAGACCUCCACGAGCCAACACGUAUCCAAUUACAAUCAUGACGAGGCCUACGAUGAAGAAGUGGCAGAGGUUGGACAUGGCGGGUCUCACACUCAGAGCUGGACCUGGUCGUCGCCGCGUGCACUCCAGGAAGACCUAUACACCGUUGCCAAAGUCUCGGUGGAACGUCACUUUCGCGGCUACGAUCGUGAUCUGGUUGAUGCGCUGAAGAGUCUGGAGAAAUGGUGCGAACACGCUGCUAACAUGAAAAUGGUGGCGAUCAAGCUUGAGCAACGCAGGAUUGCGGAAAAGGAACUCUUCAAGCGCCUUCGCGACGAGUACAACAUGGUCUGCAAGGCUUUCGGUGGCCGGAAGCUCUCCGUUGGCCAUGGCGGAGUCCUGUGCUUCCAUACUCUGUGGUGUACCGACUACAAGACCGACUGGCGUAGACUUGCUCCCUGGCCUACCAUCGCUGAACAGAAGUGGGAGGGCGAGGACCGCGCCCGCACGAAGGUCGGUCGGUACUUCCCUUUGCCUCGUGAACCCAGCAACGGUAGUGUCCCUUGGAACUAUCUUCCCAUGAUCACUUCAUCUCCAUUCGAUCAGAUUUGGCAGAUCCCAUCCGAGCUGGAUAUUCUCUAUCCCAUGGAUCAGAUCAAUGCGGAGGUUGAGGAAGAGAAGCAUUCGCUCUUGAAUCAGGACAUUCUCGACGCUAUCGACCUUGGACCGUGCGACGUGUGGGCCGAAGAUGACCUACCGCAGGAGCCUUCAGGAACUAUGUAA